AUGACAGAUAUCCCUAUAGCUCUUGAUAAUUCUCAAUUACUUAAUAACAACAAUAAUCUUAAUUCAUCAAACCAUCAUAAUCACAACCACAAUCACAAUCAUCAUCACCAUCAUCUUCUGAAACAAAACUCACUGCAGACAACAGUACCAAAAUCAUCAACAUCUUUUUCAGAACAACAACACCAACAACCAUUCCCCAAUUUAGAAACAAAGAAGAGUGGAUUGAUAUAUAUCAAGAAUUCACAAAGUUUAAAGAAUGGAACAAAAAUAUCUAAUAAAGUACCUCGAUCUAAUAGUAGUAGUAGUGGAAAUGGUGGAUUAAGUUCUAAUACUUCUUCUGUUGAUGCUAAAUCAUCUACAGCAGCAUUAGGCAGGAAAAGAUCAAAUUCACAAUCACAAGUAGUAUCGAUUCCAACAAAACCAAAAUAUACUACAGCUUCAACAUCGCGUGAUCCAUCAAAAGGAGGAGGAUCUCUGCUACUGUCACUGACAUCAAGAAUAUCAUCAAAUCCAAGUAGCAAUAAUGGUUCUUUAUCAAAUCAUAAUCCUCAAAAACGGAAUCAAAUUCAAUAUUAUGUUACUCUUUUACCUUUAAAUGAUACAUUUAUUAAGAAACAUCUCCCUGUGGCAACAUAUCCUGAAACAACAAAAUUAGGUAGACCAACUGGUACUAAAUUUAAACCUGAUGUAACUAAUGGAUAUUUUGAUUCACGAGUUUUGAGUAGAAAUCAUGCACAAAUUUAUAUUGAUCCCAAAAAUGGCAAAUUAAUGAUACAAGAUUUAGGUUCAUCUAAUGGAACUUAUUUAAAUGAAGUUAGAUUAUCACAAGAUCCUACUGAAAUUAAAAUUGGUGAUAUGAUUUGUCUUGGAUUUAAUGUUCAAGCAGAAUCUACUCAUAAACAAAUAAGUUUAAGAAUUGAAAAUUUGAAUGUUAUAUCUACUCAAUUAGAAGGUGGUGAUAAUUAUAAUUAUAAUAAUAAUAAUAAUAAUAGUGAUAUUAAUGGUAAUGGUAAUUUCUUUAUUAAUGGGAAUGAUCAAUUGGAUACACCUGAAUUUAAACGUUUAUCAUUUAUUGAAGAUAUUGCUCGACAAGUUGAAAAAAUUGAUUUUGAAAAUGAUGAUGAUAAUUCAACCGAAUUAAAAAACAAAGACCAUGACCAUGACCGUGACCGUGACCGUGACCAUGAAAAUACUUUAACGUUUGAUAAUGCCUUGUUUUCAGAUAUUAAUCCUAAUAUAGAAGAUAAUUUAUUGGGACUUUAUUCAAUGACAAAUUCAGGAAUAUAUAAUAAUUCUCAAAUCACUAGUACUACAACAUUAGAAAAUAUUAUUAAUGUAUUAGUACUUAAUUUAUCAAGAGUUAAACAACAAAAUUCUUCAUUAAAUAGUUUAUCGACAUUUUUGGAAAAUUAUUAUUAUAAUUUAAAUCAAUUAAAUCAAGAUUAUUUGGAUCAACAAUUUCAAAAAAAAUUACUGAAAAUUGAACAAGAAUUAAUUAAAGAACAAACUAAUCAUCAAAAAUUAAAAGAUAAAUUUAAAAAUUUGGAAUUAGAAUCAAAUAAAAAAUUGGAUUUACUUAAUAGAAAAUUCAAAUCUAUGGAAAAAGAUCGUGAUAAUUUGAAAAAAUCUCAUAUUGAAUUACAAUUGAAAUAUGAAACUAUAGAAAAUGAUUAUAAUUUAGCUAAUGAAACCAUUGAAUCAUUAAAACAAGAAAAAUUAGAUUUACAAGAAGCUCUUGAUGAAAUGACACGACAACAACAACAACAACAACAACAACAACAACAGGAGAAAGAGGCAAAAGAAAGAGAAGUUCUUAAAUUGAAUGGGAAUAAAUCAAAAGAACUUUUAAAUGAUGAACUGGUUGUAAGUGAAGCAAUUAAUGGAUUUAUUCAAGAUCUUUCUCGAACUCCUUCAGUUCGUGAUAAUAUGAAGAAUUUAGAAUCUUCUGGAACAAUAAAUAGAGAUACAAUUAAAUUAACUCCUCCAGUGUCCGACAAUGAAGAAGAAGAAGAAGAAGGAGGAGGAGAAGAAGAAGAUAAUGAUGAUGAAGGAAUUAGUUUACCAAGUACUCCUAGUGUAUUACAACGCAAUGGUUUUAAAAUUGAACAUUCUCAAAAGGAGAAGAGAAGCAACGGUGACGACGAAUCAAUAGAUUCUAAUUUUAAUUCUCAUUCUCAUUCACAACAACAACAACAACAUAAUGAUAAAUCUAUUAGUCCAAUUAUAACAGAUUUUGAAUCUAUUAUUGCUACGAAUUCAAUCCCAAUAAAUUCUCCUGAAAAAAAUUUUCAACAACAACAACAUCAAGAAAUUGAACCAUUUCCUAAAGUUGAAAAUCAAAGUUGUAAUGGACUGCCAAUAAAAAAAUCUAUUACAAAUCAGAGUAACAACAACACCAAACUUCUUGGUGAUAAAGGGAAUCAUAAUAAUUUAUUGAAAAAAUUAUUUCUGAAUCAACAAGGGGGAGAAUCAUCAUCAUCAUCAUCAUCAUCACUGAUGAAAAUUUUAGAUAAAAUUGAAAUUGAAAUUGAUAAACAAAAAUUACAAACAGCAAUAAUAGCUAUGUCAGCUAUGAUUAUAGGUUAUUAUUUACAAAGAUUAACCAACUAA